GAUGAACUUAAAUUUUAGUUCAUGAAGAUCAUCUUUGUUCCAUAUACAUAUACUUCAACUUCCAACCCUAUUCUUUCUCAAGAUGGUUCACAUUGAGAUUCGGAAUAAAGAAUUCGCCAUGAUUUCAAUUUCAACAAUAGGAGCAAAAUCAGUAUUAAGUGGUGCACUGUUUGGUGCAGCACUUACUGCAGCAGGAGUUUAUUCUCCUACUGUGAUUAUAUCGCAGAUGAAGUUGGAAUCUUUUCAUAUGCUGAAAGUAUUUCUAUCAGCAAGUGCUACUAGCGCUGCGAUAUUCCUCCUCGCUCAUCGUCUCUCACCAACUAUCGCUCCUCCUCGGCAACCUUCUUCCCUAUCCCUAUUUCCCUACGAUGGAAAUCUCAUCGGAGGUCUUCUCCUCGGGACCGGUAUGGCACUUACAGGCGCCUGUCCCGGGACUGUUCUCCCUCAAAUCGUAACCGGUUAUUCAUCCGGACGUUACGCCUUACUCGGAGGAAUCCUUGGCGGAAUCAUAUAUUCUUUUAUCCGUCCCUUCAUCCGUUCUCCCAAUACUCGUCCCACCAUUCCCGAUUCCAAACCAACGCUAUAUCAAAAACUUGACCCCAAAGCCGAUGAAAUAAAAGCAGUAUACAUUUAUCAAAACUUCUGUUGGGGAAUCAUUCUUCUUGCUUCGUGGCUUUCAAAUUCUCAGGAACAAAGUGUGUUGAGUGCGACCUGGGGAGGUAUCGGUAUCGGGUGUGCGCAGGGAGCAAGUCUUUGGUUGACGGGGAACACUUUGGGGACUAGUGCUGCGUAUGAACAAAUCGGAGAUCUAUUCUGGUGGGGAUUGGAAAGGUUGAGGAGUGGUGAUGUUGUUUCUUCUGAAAAGGGUUAUGAGAAUGGGAAUGGAAAUGGGAACGGUGUAUCGAAGCACCACGCAAUCCCUCAACACAGACCACGUCCCUCCAUCCGCUCAAACCUCUUUACUGUCGGUAUCCUCCUCGGCUCCUAUAUUCUUUCUCAUACUUUCACAUUACCAUCUUCUCUUCCCUCUCCUCUUCCUAAAAUGUCCCUCGACACACCCACCAUCCCAGAGAUAUCGAUAAUCCAUGUACUUCUAGGAGGCAUAGCCAUGGUUCUCGGUGCACGCAUAGCAGGUGGCUGUACGAGUGGGCAUGGUAUUAGUGGAAUGAGUUUAUUGAGUGUUAGUAGUAUUAUUAGUGUGGGAGCUAUGUUUGGCGGUGGUAUAUUAUGGGGCACUGUUGUUGGCUGAUGGUCGUUUGAAAGGGAGAGAAGUUAAGGAAGGAUUUAGAGAGCGAAGGAAAGAAAUAUCACAAUGGUUUUGGGAGAUAGACUGGGAUCUGGUGAUAUAUUACUGGUAAUGGAGAUCUUGAUAGACUACUCAAUGAGCUAGACUUGGACUGGGAAGAGAAUUUACAGCGACUCGAAUAAUGGGUUUAUGGGCGAAGUGACGAAAGGAAUGGGACGGAAAUUUGAAUGGUGGAGUGGUUAUACCCAGCUUGCUUACUUGCUCGCUUAUC